GACAGGGAUCUAACGUCAUUGCCGAAUGUCCAAGCUUCCAGAGCUCCGAACUUAUAUGCUAUCAGAUCUUUAAAUCGAGAAACUUACCUCAUGUAACCAACUACGUACUUGCAAUUCAACAACGCAAACCAUAUAUAUGAGUAUGGCUACGCUUAGACCGCUGAGAGCACAGGGUACGGCUUAUUCUAUCGCUAGAGGCUCAAUUCGACCUACCCGAUGUACAACUAGCCUGAAAACAUGGCCGGCAUCGCGAACGCAAAUUCGCAGCAUGUCUGGACCGUAUGGCUAUACCCAAGCGAAAUCCCUAGUGUUCAGUGAAUAUGGCGAACCAAAAGAUGUUCUAAAACUACACACACACUCCAUAUCCCCCUCCCUCCCCCCCUCCUCCCUCCUCCUCCGCACCCUCGCCGCCCCCAUCAACCCCGCCGACGUAAACACAAUCCAAGGCACCUACGGCGCCAAACCCGCCUUCGACACGCUCCUCGGAACCCCCCAACCCUCCGUCGUCCCCGGCAACGAAGGCGCUUUCGAAAUCGUCUCCUCCUCCGCCCCUUCCUCCUCGGGUUUCUCCCCAGGCGACUGGGUCAUCCCCAAGAAAACCCAAUUCGGCACCUGGCGCACCCACGCCCUCGUCCCCGCGGACUCCGUCAUCAAAAUCGAUAAAUCGGGACUAUCCGCCGACCAAGUCGCCACCGUGUCCGUGAACCCGUGUUCCGCGUACCGCAUGCUGCGCGACUACGCGUCCCCCGAGCCGCUCCGCGAGGGGGACUGGUUCAUCCAGAACGGAGCGAACAGCGGCGUCGGACGCGCGGCGAUCCAGCUCGGGAAGCUAUGGGGAUAUCGCAGCAUCAACGUCGUGCGUGCGCGCCCUACCCCCGAGGAAGACGAGGCGUUGAAGGCGGAGUUGCUGGGGUUGGGGGCUACGCAGGUCGUUACGGAGCAGGAAUUCACGUCGCGGGAGUUUCGGGACAAGUUGGCGGAGUGGACGAGGGGGAGUCGGGAGGGGGUAAGGUUAGGGUUGAAUUGCGUGGGGGGCAAGAGCGCGCAGACCGUGGCGUAUAGUCUUGGGCGCGGCGGGACUAUGGUGACGUAUGGCGGGAUGUCGCGGGCGCCGGUGGCGCUGCCGACUGGGUUGUUGAUAUUUAAGGACGUGCGGUUUGUUGGGUUUUGGCUGAGUCGGUGGGCGGAUCGGGAUGCGGUGGCGAAGGAGCGCACUGUGGCUGAGAUAUUGGGGUUGGUGAGGGAGGGGAAGUUCAAGGAUGUGCCGAUCGUGCAGGUGCCGUGGACGUGGGAGACGGGGGUGCAGGAGUUGAAGGAUGCGGUGCAAGGCACGUUUGAGGGGUUUAGGAAGGGCAAGGCGAUUUUCGCGUUUAAGGAUACGUAGGAAGUAUUUGGGAAGAUGGCGAGGUCGUGGGAAUGGGAUGGGCUUGGGUGGAUCGUCCGGUAAACGGAUUGCCUGAUUGUAGCAUUAUGAUCUAUGUAGACGAUGAUGGAAACGCAGAACGGCUGCUAUGGUAUUGUUAUAUAGACGCAGCACUAGGUUUUUACUAGGCAUGGAGAGUGUCGGUAUGAGCAUGAACGUUUACACGCAAACAUGUUCACUCAGAACAAGCAGGCUAGAAUAGCCUAUUUAAAUACCACAAUUCAAUGGGAUUGGGUUCCCGAGACCUACUC